CUCGCGCUCUCUCGCUCGCGCUCCCGGGGUCUCCUCAGCGCGGCGGCGGCCGAGCCCGGGCGGCUCCGACCAUGUCGGGGGAGGAGGAGGCGGCCGAGCUCACCAUCGCCGAGGACCUGGUGGUGACCAAGUACAAGAUGGGGGGAGACAUCGCCAACCGGGUCCUGCGAGCAGUGGUUGAAGCAGCCAACUCUGGAGCCUCAGUUCUCUGCCUCUGUGAGAAGGGAGAUGCCAUGAUCAUGGAAGAGACGGGCAAGAUCUUCAAGAAGGAAAAAGAAAUGAAAAAAGGAAUUGCCUUCCCAACGAGUAUAUCAGUAAAUAACUGUGUCUGUCACUUCUCCCCCCUGAAGAGUGACCAAGAUUACAUCCUCAAAGACGGGGAUUUGGUCAAAAUUGACCUGGGAGUCCACGUCGAUGGCUUCAUAGCGAACGUAGCUCACAGUUUUGUCAUAGAUGCCUCAAAGGAGAACCCCGUGUCAGGCCGCAAGGCCGAUGUCAUCAAAGCAGCUCAUCUCUGCGCCGAGGCCGCGCUGCGCUUGGUGAAGCCGGGAAACCAGAACACACAAGUGACAGAGGCCUGGAACAAAAUCGCUCACUCGUUUCACUGCGCGCCGAUCGAAGGGAUGCUGUCACACCAACUGAAGCAGCACGUGAUCGACGGUGAGAAAACAAUCAUCCAGAACCCCACAGACCAGCAAAAGAAGGACCACGAAAAAGCAGAAUUUGAGGUCCAUGAAGUUUAUGCUGUUGAUGUUCUCGUCAGCAGUGGAGAGGGAAAGGCAAAGGAUGCUGGGCAGAGAACCACAAUUUACAAAAGGGACCCCUCCAAACAGUAUGGCUUGAAGAUGAAAACCUCCCGUGCCUUUUUCAGCGAGGUGGAGAGGCGUUUUGACACCAUGCCCUUCACCCUCAGGGCAUUUGAGGAUGAGAAGAAGGCCAGGAUGGGGGUGGUGGAAUGUGCCAAGCACGAGCUGCUCCAGCCCUUCAAUGUCCUCUACGAGAAGGAAGGAGAGUUUGUGGCACAGUUCAAGUUCACGGUGCUUUUAAUGCCCAACGGCCCCAUGAGGAUAACCAGUGGCCCCUUUGAACCAGAGCUCUACAAGUCAGAGUUUGAAGUGCAAGAUGGAGAGCUGAAGGCCCUUCUACAAAGUUCUGCGAGCCGGAAGACCCAGAAAAAGAAGAAAAAGAAGGCUUCCAAGAACGCAGAGAAUGCCACCACGGGAGAGACGGCGGAAGAGAACGAGGCUGGAGACUGAGCAGCUCCUGCUCCCUCCAUGUAGCACCCUACACACACACACACACACACACACACACACUCAUCCCUUUUUUCUCCCCCUUUAAAACAAAACAAACAAACAAACAAAAAAACCCAAACCACAAAACAAACCCGAAAAAAUAACAGAAGUGAAAUAAUCUGGCACUGUUUUGUCUGUCCCGACCAACCAACCAACAAUCUGGACUUCCCACUGCCUACAACCAGCUCCUGUUGACUUUGCCAAGGAGGGAGGAUUCUCUCAGCCACUUCAGACUACUUAAAAAAAAAAAAAAAAAAAGCAGAAAAAUAAAAUCAGGACUAAAAGCUAGUUGAUAUCCACUCUUUCUAACCUCUGAUCCUGCCCACACUCCUUGAGGUGAAGAGCGAAGCCCAUCCCAGUGAGGGAGUGUGGAGAGCUGCCCACUUUCUUCAUCCUCCCCCUCUUGUUUUUUAUUUUUUUUUUUAAGAUUUCUCCCUUUACAGAUUUUCUUGGAGGAAAAAAAAAAAAAAAACCAAAUCCAAACUGAUUACACCCGAGGAAGUGCCCAGUGCUCUGGUACCUGUGGACUGUGACCUGCCUCGCCGCGGGCAUUCCUCUCCUGUACCUUGGGGCUGAGCUUUCUCUUUUAACCUCUAGAUUGUGUGUUUAUGAUUGGGAAAAAAAAAAGGAAAAAAAAGCAAAUUUGGUGACCCCUGUGAAGCUGUGGACUCCUCAGUCUACUCUGUCUCUGCCUUGAUUUCCUUAUAAACUCUAUUUUUAACACACUGUGGUGGCAACCUCGUUUUUAAUUGACUGCCCACCAGUUCCUACCAGUUCCUCCCAGUUCCUCCCAGUUCCCACCAGCCAGGACUGCCGAGGGAGAUGCCCCCAACCCACCAGUGGGUUUUUUAAUCCGUGGGAGGUUUAUUUUUCCGUGGCCCAGCUGCACUUUUCAGCCUUUCCCGUGCGUUGGCUCUCGGAAGGAUCCGUUCUCCGCCCAGGAGCUGUGGGAACCAGGCAGAGUUUUUUGGGGGAUUUUGCUCUUUUAUAGUCAAGUCUUUUUAAAAAAAAAAAUAAAAAAUAAAAAAAA